CGCCUACCAGCCGACUGACUAGCACGAGGGGGGCUACAAAUAAGACCGAGAUAACGGCGGCGAGGGAAACAUUAUUCCCCUCUGAGCUGGAGAUUCACUGAGAACGCUAAGAAAACUGCUGCAGCAAUGGCUCAAGCUCUGGACAUUGAUCGUUGGAACCUGGAGUGUGAGUUCAACAACAUGGAUCAUCGCACUGAUCUCAACGGUGUCGACCGUCUGAUCGUGAGGAGAGGCCAACCGUUUUCAGUCAGCCUGUACCUUCGCUCUGGAAACUACCAGCCAGGACUCAGCUCUCUUGACUGCGUCGCAGAGACAGGUCCUCAGCCAUCUGAGCAGUAUGGCACCAGGGCCUCCUUUGGUCUGUCUGCCAACAUUGACACCUCCCGCUGGAGCGCUGCUGUCACCAGCCCCCCAGGGGACAUGGUGGCCCUGUCCGUCUGCCCUGCCCCUGAUGCACCUAUAGGCCGCUACACCCUGACCCUGGGGCGAUCAGGGCGGAUUGAGUUUAUCCUGCUCUUUAACCCCUGGUGCCCAGGAGAUGCCGUGUAUAUGGACAAUGAGCAGAGUUUGGCAGAGUAUGUGUUAUCUCAAGAUGGAAUCAUCUUUCGAGGCAGCUACAAGCAUCCCAUAUCUACUCCCUGGAACUUUGGCCAGUUUGAAAGUGGAAUCCUGGACGUCUGUCUGAGGAUUCUGGACAUGAACCCUAAAUGUCUGAGAAAUCCUGGCAAAGACUGCUCAGGGAGGAGAAAUCCCAUCUAUGUUUCCAGAGUGCUUAGUGCCAUGGUGAACUGUAAUGAUGACAAAGGGGUGUUGCUGGGAAAAUGGACAGGGGGGUAUGAAGGAGGCAUCAGCCCGAUGUCCUGGAAGGGCAGCGUGGAGAUUCUGCGCAACUGGGAGACACAAGCCUGUCAGCCUGUUCGCUACGGACAGUGCUGGGUGUUUGCUGCAGUUGCCUGUUCAGUUUCCAGAGCUCUUGGCAUCCCAUGCAGAGUUGUAACCAACUACCUGUCAGCCCACGACGUCAACAGUGACCUUGUGAUUCAUCGCUACAUCGACGAAAAUGGUGACCUUGUUCAGUCCAGAGAAAUGAUCUGGAAUUAUCACUGCUGGGUGGAGAACUGGAUGACCAGGCCUGACUUUAAAUCUGAUUUUAAUGGCUGGCAGGCCACUGACCCUACGCCUCAAGAGAAGAGUGAAGGAGUGUACUGCUGCGGCCCCAUCCCUGUCAGGGCCAUCAAGGAGGGUGAGCUCACCUUCAAGUAUGAUGCCCCAUUUGUCUUUGCUGAGGUCAAUGCUGACGUCAUCACCAUCAUGAAGAAAAAAGACGGCAGCACGUCUAAUGUCACCAGCACUACAGUGGUGGGCCAGAAGAUCAGCACAAAGAGCGUGGGCAGUGACACCAGAGAGGACAUCACUCAUCUCUACAAGUACCCUGAAGGCUCUGAUGAAGAGCGGGAGGCUUUCACGAAGGCUAACCACCAAAACAAGCUGCUCCAGCAGCAGGAAAACCAAGGCCUACACCUCACUAUCAAGGUCACAUCAGACAUGAGGAAGGGCUGCGACUUUGAUGUGUUUGCUCUGGUAACAAACAACACACAAAGCAACAAGAAGUGCCGCCUGGUGUUCGGAUCCGCCGCUGUGUCCUACAACGGGAUUCUGGGAGAAAAUUGUGGCUUUAAAGAUCUGCUCAAUGUGGAACUGUCACCAGGAGGAGAGAGGCGUGUUCCACUUAGGCUGAACUACUCUAAGUACGGUGGCAAUCUUAGUGAGGACAACUUAAUCCGCCUGGCAGCUCUGUUGAUAGACUACUCCACCAGAGAUGCAACGCUGGCAGUGAGAAACAUUGUGCUGGAGAAUCCUGAAAUCAAAGUCAGGAUCCUGGGUGAACCAAAGGAGAACCGUAAGCUGGCUGCAGAGAUCACCCUGCAGAACCCUCUGCCAGAGCAGCUGGACAACUGCUGCUUCAGCAUCGAGGGGGCCAACCUCACUGGAGGACGCGUCAUCUCGGAGAGGCUGUCCUCCUCAGUGGGACCUGGGGAAGAUGCCAAGGUGAAGAUAUACUUCACUCCCACCCAUUCCGGGCUGAGAAAACUGGUGGUCGACUUCGACAGCAGCAAGUUGUGUCACGUCAAGGGCUACAGAAAUGUCAUUAUUGGAAAAUAAAGCCUUUUAACCUUCGCAGUCCAUUAGACGCCAGUACUGUUAUGUCAGAACUGUAAACUGUUUAGACAUUUAAAGAUUAGCUCCUUUUGCACAGUGAUAAGAAAAUGAAAAGCUUUUAUAUUCAGAUACUUGAGAAUAUCACUGUAUUCAUAAUUGCUUCAUGUAGCAUAUACCUGUUUUGGUAACGCUUUAUACUAAGGUCCUUGUAAUAACCAUUAAUUAACAAGUAAUAAGGCCCUUGUAAGUCCUUACAAGAUGCUUAUUACCAUUAUUGUGUGUUUAUAAGCUUAUAUAAGUGUUAAUAAUGGCAUUACAAACACCCAUGACCCACCUAUUAUGUCUUUGCCAUGCCUUUAUUAAUCUUAUUUUGUUUGCUUAUUGAUAUUAAAAUAUACUUUAUUGCUCAUCUAUUAUAAGUUAACUAUAAGUUAACUAUGGUUUUUGCAACUACCGGAUCUAAAGCGAGAACAAUGCCUUAUUACUUGUUAAUUAAUGGUUAUUAAGGACCUUAUUAUAAAGUGUUACCCGUUUUUAUUCGGAGCCAUAGAUAUUUAAAUGUGAACGCUUUGUACUCAUUAAGGCUAAUUAAAAGCUGUGCAUGCAAAAUUUUUAACAGAAUAUAUACCUUGAUAUGAAGUGAUGAUAAGUACUAUGUACUUUUUGUUUUUUAUUUUUUUUAGUGCUACAAAUAAAGAGUUGUCAAAAACUUA